GGGAUGGAGCAAAGUCCUGUUGGAAAAGGGAAUCAGCGGCGUUGAUUCUGUGCCUCAACACUCUUCAUCUAAACUCUGGGACGCUGAUUUUCCGAGUUAAACACGUUUAACAUUCAUCUGAAAAGGAAAAGGAUCCUUGGUCUCAGCCCGCAGCGCUCUGGAUGCUCGCAGGGAUUGAACCAUGGCUGUGAACCUCGCCAAGAACCGGCUGGCUCUGCUCACCGCCUACCAGGACGUCAUUGAUGAAGCUUCGGACACCGACUGGGCCUUGUACACCUAUGAGGAUGACACUAAUGACCUGACACUGGCUGCAUCCGGAGGAGGAGGCCUGGCAGAGAUCACCUUGACCUUCGACCACGGGAAAGUGAUGUAUGGCUUCUGCAGCCUGAAGGAGCCCACUGCCGCCCUGCCACGAUACAUCCUCAUCAACUGGGUGGGAGAAGAUGUUCCAGAUGCCAGGAAGUGUGCUUGUGCCAGUCACGUUGCAACCAUUGCAGACUUCUUUCAGGGUGUGGAGAUCACUGUCAAUGCCAGCAGCCUGGAAGACAUUGACCCGUCAGCCAUCGGGCAACGGCUCACCAACGGGACAGCGGCGGUGGCGAGCCCUGUUCUGAGUCGCCUGAAAACCCGAGAUGAAGAGCACACAGAUGUGGGCACUGUGUACCAGAAGACUAAUGCAGAGGUGGAGAUGAAGAAAAUCAAUAGAGAGGAGUUUUGGGAACAAGCCAAGCGCGAAGAGGAGAUGAGGAAGGAGGAGGAGCGAAAGAAGGCCAUGGAGGAGCGUCAGCGCUUCGAAGAGGAGCGCAUGGAGCUGGAAAGGCAGGAGCAGGAGAACCGAGAGAGGAGGUACCGCGAGAGAGAGAGGCAGAUCGAGGAGCACAGGAAGAAGAUGCAGGAGGAGGAGGAGGCCAGAGAGAGGCUGCGCAACCAGACCACUAUAGCGUCUGAGCCGAGCAUCGAGGACCUGAACCUGGACAAGAAGGAGUCUGAGGUAGAGGAAGCGAAGGCCAUCAUCGCCCAGCGAUCUGGAAACCCUCGAGAGUUUUUCAAGCAGAAGGAGCGAGCAAUGACCAUUAGCGUCGACACCUCCCCCGUCUCCAUCCACAGGACAGGCCGUUUGGACAGCCCCUUCUUGAAGCAGCAGCACAGUCCCAGCAGCCCCAGUAGAACUACUCCGCCCCGGGGCGUGUCGCCCCUCCGCACCCCACCACAUGCACGGAAGCAGCCCCCCGCUGCAACCGGUGACAAUGAUGAUGAAGUGAGCUUAGACAGAAACAUGGCCGCUGUUUCACCCAUCCCUAAAAUAGUCACUACACCAAUUAAAGAAGACUUUAACAGGGAGGAGGAAGACCACAGAGAGGAAGAGUGGGAUUCUGUACCAAAAGAAGAACAGAAACGGCCCGUCCAGGAGUCGGCGCCCACCAAGCCUGUGCAGAGUGUUGCCCCACAGGCCCGGGAACCCUCUGGUGUUUCUGCGUGGGACUCCGGGACGGACAACCUUGUUGACCUGUGGGAUAGCAGCUCCGCCCCUGCCACCGACCCCAUCCCAUCCACCCACUCGUCUAAUCUGGUGGACCUGAUGGGAGACAGCGAUGUUCUUCACGACGACGUCGCGCCAAGCAUGGCCGCCGGCAGCGGCAGGCCUCAGCCUCUUCUCAGCUUCGAUGAGACGAUGGACGGGAGCUUCUGCUCAGGCACCGUCGCCGAGGACGACCCCACCAGUCUGGUGGACGUGUCGGGGUCUGACCAGAUGACCCUCAGCUACCAACACGCACUGCAGCACGCUUCUGGGGCGGGGCAGGAUCCGGAUGACGUACAGCUACUGAUGACCAAUGGGGAGACGCUGCUGAAGGAAGGAACUCAGGCCAGUGAGGGCUACUUCAGCCAAUCACAGGAGGAAGAAUUCGGCCAAUCAGAGGAGUCAUCAGCUAAGCCAGCACCUGUGUUUUAUAACAAGCCUCCAGAGAUUGACAUCACCUGCUGGGACACGGAUCCUGUAGUCGACGAAGACGACGACUAACCCGCUGCUCUGACAUCAUCGCUGUACCCGGAGGAAGUAGAGACCGAGCUUCAAGAAGAAAACACAUUUCUUUUUUUUUUUUUUCUUUUUUUCUAAAAAAGAAAAAUCGCAAACAAACAAAAAAAGUAAUAACAAAAAUCUUGCAUUAAAACUCUUUCAAUAUAAUCUUUUAGAGGAAGCAGUAGCCACCGUUUGAGUUGAAAAGGCUCAGAUGUGAUCUGUUUCUGUGAUUAUUUAUUUUGGGAUAAAUUUUUUUAUUCUUUUUUUUUUUUUUUUUUUGUCGCUAUGCAGAUGUUUUAGCCGGCAUCGAGGGGUUUUUGUUUGUGUACAUGGUUAGUUCCACGUAGCGCACUGCUGCAUUAGAGACAAUGAAGCUGAGCGUGCGGCCGGCGGCGCGCACCAUUAGUUUGUAGUGCUUUAAUAACAUCUGAGAAAAAAAAACAAAAAAAAAAUAAACAAAUCCAGCGGAUCAGAACAGCUGCCAUGUUUAUCUUUUCUCUCCUCUCUUCAUACCUGAACAUAUUCACCUCUGCAGCUCAGUUAAUCAUGUAUUUAGAAUUCACCUUCAUGGAGGAAAAAGUUAUUUAUUCUGAUGUAUCUGAACUGAAAGUCCUUCAAACAAGUCUGUGGCGCCUUAAUUUCCCCUUUUUCACUCCUUUUGUAUGAUUUUAAAACUGAGUUCAAUAUUAAACAGCUUUUUUCUGUCCUAGUGCAAUUCUAUGCUUCUUCUGCCUCCUUGUGGAUGAACUGCAGCCUCACCAUCAAGAUUCAUUAUAAAUAUCUACCACUUAUAUAUUUACACAAGCAAAAACACCACUUUAGAUAAAUAUACUGUAGAUAUUUUUUCAUUUUUUUUUUUUCUAAAAAGAGUUUAGAAAUGCAAUAAAUUUGAUAUGUUGAAGUUUCUCCAAAGGACUAAAAAAAUAAGUUUCUGUCCCAGGGUGGGAUGCCUUACCUUUCCUGGUUUUAAACUCUUAAUUUUCAAACUAAAGUUUGGCCUUGCUGUCCCGCUCAGACCGAAAAUGGGGGGAUAAAAGCAGCUGGACAGAAACUUCUUUUUUCCCUCUCCUUUUAUUUUGUUCUUAAUCUCUGUUAUUGUUGUCUCUAUAAUAAUUUGCAUUGGACCAGAUGUCCGGGAUUUGUCUCUAAAUUCAAAUCAGUCAUUAUUUAAACUACAGUAAUCUAUUCUAUUUUUUAAGUUUUUAUCAACCUUCUGUUGGUUUUAUGAAGAUUAAAGCUGUCUCUAAUGUUGGAUUAAAGUAAA